AUGCUUCGUCAGGUGUGCCUCCGAAAGGCACCAAAGGUAGAGCUGAUUUCUCCCACACCGUCCGCGCCGAUUCAGAACUUUGACUUGCAACCGAUAGCCGCGUCUCUCCUGUACCGCAGACUGCUGAAGUUAUAUUUGCGCAAAUUCGACACCGAUACGAACACGAUUGUUCGCGCAUGGAAGCAGACCAAGUACGAGUUUUGGGUACACCGCAACGCGUCCAAGGAGGAGGCCGACCUGCUCAACAUCAAGGGCCAGCAAGUGCUGGAGGCGAUUCGCGCCGGUCUCGUGCCUGUGUACCACAACUCGAAAACAAAUCAGAUUUACUACAAGUACGACGCUGACACACUCAAAGCGGUGCACAAUCACAUAGACCCCGUGAGCGCUGAGGAGUUCCUUCGACGCUUCCACGACCGAAUGGAUUCAAGGGAUGUCGAGGAGAUACAGGCCACACUAAAGAAGCUCGGACGCUGGACAGGGCCCGACGAGCUCCGCAAGGAGGACCUCUUCCGCGUCAAAACAAAGCGAAAGGUCAAGUGCACUGACCCAGACGAAUAA